CGGACAGCCGCGGACUGCACUCGGAAGGGGAGGGGCGACUGGAAUUUAAGGCCUUCCCCCCCGCGCCGUUCCCUCUGUCGGCGGCGUGGGGCAGCCGUGGCAGCGGUGUCGGUAGGAGGUGGCAGGAGGCGGCAGCUGCGCGGACACCGGCCAAGACAGGAGAGACGCUUGGAGACGCUUGGAGUAGCACCGCCGGGGAGACUGGCUUCUUUGUAUCCGGGGCCUCCAAGCCUUGCGCGGCCCGAGGAGGAGAAGCGGCGGCGCCGGCGUCUGGAAGCAGGCGGAGAGAGAGAGGAAGAUCUUCCGUCUGCUGCAGGGACUGCAGGGGCCGGAGCUAAGCCGACUCGAAGCCAGGAACCUAGAGCUGCUUCUGGGUCUCCAGGCAUGGAGAGUAGAAAACUCAUUUCUGCUACAGACAUCCAGUACUCCGGCAGUCUGCUCAACACCUUGAAUGAGCAACGUGGCCAUGGCCUCUUCUGUGAUGUUACUGUCAUUGUGGAAGACCGGAAAUUCCAUGCGCACAGGAAUAUUCUUUCAGCUUCCAGUACAUACUUCCAUCAGCUCUUCUCCGUUGCUGGGCAAGUUGUUGAACUGAGCUUUAUCAGAGCAGAGAUCUUUGCAGAAAUUCUGAAUUAUAUCUACAGUUCUAAAAUUGUUCGUGUUAGAGCAGAUUUGCUUGAUGAGCUAAUUAAAUCAGGCCAGUUAUUAGGGGUGAAAUUUAUAGCGGAGCUUGGUGUCCCAUUGUCACAGGUGAAAAGUAUCUCAGGUACAGGUCAAGAUGGUAAUGCUGAGACCAUGCCACCUGGGUCUAAUGAUAAGAAUCUUCUAGAACAAAAAUCAAAAGAGGAAGCCCACGAGAAUGGGGCUACUGUCAUGCCUAUAAUAACUGAGUCUUUUUCAUUAUCUGCUGAAGAUUAUGAAAUGAAAAAGAUCAUUGUUACUGAUUCAGAUGAUGAUGAUGAUGAUGUCAUUUUCUGCUCUGAGGUCUUGCCUGCAAAAGAGACCUUGUCGGAUAACAAUGCCGGGACACAGGUCCAGCCUACCCCAGGCCCUGUUGCUGUUUCAAAUGCUGUACCUUGUGCUAGCAAUAAUGCUCCGCCUUUACCGAGUGUGACUCCUACUCAGAAAUUUCCUACUCCUGUGAAUCCAGUAUCUGUGAGCCAAACACAGGGAAGUGAAAAAUUGCUGGUGUCUUCAGCUCCAACACAUCUGACUCCCAAUAUUAUUGUGUUAAAUCAGACACCGCUUGCUGCACAACCAAGUGUCAGUUCUUCACUUCCAAAUCAUAUGCCCUCUUCAGUCAAUUUACUUGUGCCAAACCAGCAAGCACCGAACAGUGCUGCUGUAACAGGAAACAAAGCCAGUGAAGAGGAGGAGGAAGAAAUAAUAGAUGAUGAUGAUGACACUAUUAGCUCCAGUCCAGACUCAGCAGUCAGCAACACUUCUUUGGUCCCACAGGCUGCUCCCCCCCAAAAUAACACUUUUGAUGGAUCCUUGGUACAGAAGAUGCAGGUUCCUACACUUCUGCAAGAACCACUUUCUAAUUCUCUCAAUAUUUCAGAUAUAAUCACUAGAUUCACUAAUGACCGAGGCUUAGGAUCCAAACAGCUCGUGGAGGGGCAGAAAAUCAUUACUUUAGACACAGCCACUGAAAUUGAAGGCUUGUCAAAUGGUUGCAAGAUUUAUGCAAAUAUUGGUGAAGAUACUUAUGAUAUAGUGAUCCCUGUCAAAGAUGACCCUGACGAAGGGGAGGCCAGGCUUUCGAGUGAGGCACCAAAAACACCUGGCAGUGAGACGGCAAACAAACGUAUGAAAGUGAAGCAUGAUGAUCACUAUGAGUUGAUAGUAGAUGGAAGGGUCUAUUAUAUCUGCAUUGUGUGUAAAAGGUCAUAUGUCUGUCUGACAAGCUUGCGAAGACAUUUCAACAUUCACUCCUGGGAGAAGAAGUACCCGUGCCGUUACUGUGAGAAGGUAUUUCCUCUUGCAGAAUAUCGCACAAAGCAUGAGAUUCAUCACACUGGAGAGCGAAGGUAUCAGUGUUUGGCCUGUGGCAAAUCUUUCAUUAACUAUCAGUUCAUGUCUUCACACAUAAAGUCAGUGCAUAGUCAAGAUCCUUCUGGGGACUCGAAGCUUUAUCGGUUGCACCCAUGCAAGUCUUUACAGAUCAGACAAUAUGCCUAUCUUUCUGAUAGGUCAAACACUGUGCCUGUGAUGAAGGAUGAUAGUAUUGAGUAUAAGGUUGAUGCUGGAAAAGACCCUCCUGUACAGCCCGCAGCUCCUGCUCAGGACAAGCCAAUGACCUGGGAAGAUAUUUUCAUUCAGCAGGACAAUGAUGCCAUCUUUAAGCAGAAUGUAACAGAUGGCAGUACUGAGUUUGAAUUUAUAAUCCCAGAAUCUUAUUGAACUUGUUUGAAAUAUCAGAAAGUUUCCGGUUUGGUUUAAGGGACAGAAAUUUCGGAAGACCUGUGAAGCAACUUAUGGUUAAAACAAAUUGCUUUUUGAUCUGCCUUGUCAUCUGAAGGUAGUAGUCUAGUUUGAUUAUUUGUUAACAGUUUUUAGAAGCAAAGUUUUGUGAAAGUUUGAGUAAAAUCGAGAAGUCCCCUUCCUCCAGUAUCUGUUUAUAUAGUUAGCUUCCGGCUAAUUUGAAAGAGUCAAAAAUUUUAAAGGUGUGGCAAGAUACUUUUCAGAGUAGAAUUUGAAGUGGUCUGAAAUGUUCUUUGAUGAUAACUGGAGUUGUUAGCAGAUCUAGGGCAUCUUACACCUUUUCCCUUCCAUGUUAGCACUUUACUGAUAAAUCCUUUAAUUUUUUUCAACAUUGAAACUAUGAAUAGGUGUUGUGUCAUGUAUCUGGCAUAACAAGCAAAGAACUUCAAAAAAUUUCCUGGAGAAUUUCAGGAUAAAUAUCAGUUUGGUGGUUUAUUCUGCUAAUCCAACGGCUAUCAACUUCAUGCCACCCUUCUCCCAGGAAAGUAGCCAACCGGCUAAGUCUGUCAUCUGAAGAAUAAAUUAAUUUUAGCAAAUCGGAUUAGUCUGUUCAUUGCCAGUUGGUGACACUUUGGUGGCUAGAUGCUGUAUGCCUUUUCAGUGUGGUCUCUGUGCAAAACACAGGUGGAAAGAGACAUUUCUGAAAUGUAGACAGGAGGAAAUGAAAAGCUCUGUUGUACUUAUUUUUAAUUAUCCUCAUGACAUUUUUAAAAUUUUGGAUUUGGAAGCCACCAAAUAAACCUUUAACUAUGUAUAAAUGUUGUAAAUGGCAGAGUCUAUAUAGGAGAUGCUUGCAUAUUUUGGGCAGGAGGUUACUUUCGUGUAUUUUUAAAUGUUUAUAUUACUUAGAAUAUCUAAUAGGAAGUUAUUGGAAAUAGUUGAAGAAGUAAUCUAGUAUUUUUCUUUCAGCAAUAUCUUUUAGGUUUUUGCCCCUUCUAAAGUUCCAUUCCAUCUUCAAAUUAAUACAAUAUUACAGCAAUCAGAAACUACAUAUGGAAUGUUACAUAGGCUUAUUAAUUCUCAUUUAUCUUGACAAUAAAUACCACCUUUCUUCCUUGUAAAGUGACCCAUAAUUUAAACACUUAGAAAAAAAAGUUAAAACUUACUGAAGAUUUAGUACUAAAAGGAAGCAGGUUGGAAUAAAUGCAUAGCCUAGAAUUUAUAACAGAGUUAACUUGUUGAAUUUUUGUAAAGGAUUGCUUUGUAACGGAAAAAUUAAUAGAAAAAAAAUUGUUGUGUAUAGUCAUUAGUCAUUUGUAACUUUAAAUAUUCCUUAUUUCAACAUAGAUGAUUUCUUCUUACCAUGUGUUUUAAAAAUAGUAUUUCUUGACUCUGAAAUUAAAAGCUUUAAUCAUUGUUCAUGUAUGCAUCAUUCUGAUUUAUGUAAGUUAGAUUUCAAGGUAAUAGUUUCAAGAGUUUUCUUACUUUGCUAUCUGGGGGUGUCAGGCAUUGGUAUUUGUAAUAAUACAAGAAAAAAAUUAAGUAAUCUGCUUACCAAGGGUUAGAGUAAUGUCCAUUUGUUUUGUUUUCUGUUCUUUAGUCUAGACCUUAAAAUUGUUUUGGAAAACCAACCCUUGGAAAACUCGAGAAAUUACCUUAUGAUUUAAAGAAUCUGUC